CUUAAACUAAUAGUAUAGUAAGAGUGUGGUGAUUUAAUAAGUUGUUGAAUUUUUUAUACACGAUGAACGUAAAAAUUAAAUUUGGAUUGCUUUUAAUAUUCUUUUCACAAGCUAGUUGUAAGAAAAUCGCAGUAAAUAAUAAAAGCACAUCGAGCAGUACCGAGGGUAGUAAAUAUGAAGAAACAACAGAGAUGCUUUCGACAACAACAACAAUUAAUGAAAUUGAAACUACUGAAUUCAGUGAUUUUGAUACCACAAAAACUGAGACUAAAGAAUCAAUUACUACUGAAUCAUCUACAGGAAAAAAUGAAAAUUCAACUAGCACUGAAAAUUCGUCGAAAUCGCCAGAAGUCACUUCUUUUCUAAACACUAUGAACAAAGCAAUGCAAAAAAUAGAAAAAACAAACUUUACACAAAUCUACAACAAAAAAGGCCCCUCGAGCGAAUCAAAAAAUCGAAAAAAACGCGACGUUGACCCUUGCAAGCCCAAAGGCCCUUCGUGUUCCAAAGAAGGCACAUUCCGCUUCAAACAAAACUGCAAAAAAUACUACGUUUGCUAUUUCGACAGCCAAUGCAAAAAACUCCUCCCGAAAAUCUACACUUGUCCCAAAUGUCUCAAAUUCAAUGCCCAAAAAAACAUAUGCGACCUUGCUGAAAACGUACCAGAAUGUUCAAACUCAAACAGUGGACCCAAAAAGUAUUGCACAAACCCAGGCCGGUUUUUCGUCCCGGAUAAUUGCCAAAAAUACUACGAAUGUACCGUCAAUGGCAGUUUAAUCGAUUUGACCAUCAAAAUGUGUCCCCCAGAGACGGUUUUUAGUCGCAAAGAGCUGAAAUGCCUCAAAGGACAAAAAUGCAAAGAAUCUGGACCAAAUUGUGCGACGGAUGAUAGCUACGCAGUGGAUAUGUUUGAUUGUAGCAAGUUUUAUUAUUGCGUUACGAAAAAUUUCUCAGUUCCGCUUUACUGCCCUUCGAGUUAUGUUUUCAACAACAAGGUCUGCGAAAAGUGGGAGUCGAUUAAACUAAAGUGGGACAAUCCGAAAGCACAAAAAAGCAAGAAUAAUUAAUUAAUAAUUUUAGUUUAUUGUAAUCUCAAAGGUUUCAUAAUUAAUAAAUAAAAAGUACAUUAUUUUCAA